AUGAAUCAAAUGGGUGGUUUCCUAUUUUCUCUUCAUAUUAUUGUGUCAUUACUUUUCCUUUUCAUGUUCUUGCUAGAACCAGUCUAUGGCACCAAAAAGUGUUAUAUUGUGUACUUGGGAGCACAUUCUCAUGGUCCUAACCCUACACCUCUUCAACUUGAUGUUGCUACCAAUUCUCAUUAUGAUUUACUAAGUUCAACCUUGGGCAGUCGAGAGAAAGCAAAAGAAGCAAUCAUUUAUUCAUAUAACAAACACAUCAAUGGCUUUGCUGCUCUACUUGAAGAGGAACAAGCAGCACAUAUUGCAAAAAAAACAAAUGUAGUGUCUGUGUUCUUGAGCAAAUCUCAUAAACUGCACACUACUCGGUCAUGGGAAUUUCUUGGACUGCACAGAAGUGGUAACACUGCAUGGCAAAAAGGAAGAUUUGGUGAAAAUACAAUAAUUGCAAACAUUGACACUGGUGUUUGGCCGGAGUCCAAGAGCUUCAGCGACAAAGGAUUUGGCCCUAUCCCGUCGAAAUGGCGUGGGGUCAAAGCCUGUCAAAUUAGACAAUUUGGCAAACUCAAGAAAAACCCUUGCAACAGGAAGCUAAUUGGAGCCAGAUUCUUCAGCAGUGCUUUUGAAGCAUAUUAUGGCAAGCUUAAUCCAUCGCUACUCACCGCACGUGACUUUGUAGGCCAUGGAACUCACACUCUAUCAACAGCUGGUGGAAACUUUGUUCCAGGAGCAAGUAUAUUUGCUAUUGGCAAUGGUACUGUAAAAGGCGGUUCGCCAAGAGCUAGAGUUGCAACCUACAAAGUGUGUUGGUCUCUAACUGAUGUUGCUGACUGCUUUGGUGCUGAUGUGUUAGCUGCUAUUGAUCAAGCCAUUAGUGAUGGUGUUGAUAUAAUCUCACUUUCGGCUGCUGGCCAAUACCUUGUUAAUCCCGAAGAUAUUUUUACCGACGAGGUUUCAAUAGGUGCAUUUCAUGCACUUUCUAGAAAUAUAUUAUUAGUUGCUUCUGCUGGAAAUGAUGGACCAACACCAGGAAGUGUUGUGAACGUAGCUCCAUGGGUAUUCACAAUUGCUGCAAGUACAUUAGAUAGAGACUUCAGCAGUACUAUAACUUUUGGUAACAAUCAAAAAGUGACGGGAGCCAGUCUUUUUGUAAACCUGCCACCAAACAAAGCCUUUUCUUUGAUUCUUGCUACCGAUGGUAAGCUUGCCAAUGCGACAAAUCGUGACGCACGACUUUGUAGGCCGGGAACACUAGAUCCUUUAAAAGUGAAGGGAAAAAUAGUGGCAUGCGAUCGAGAAGGAAAUAUAAAAUCAGUUGCUGAAGGUCAGGAAGCUUCAUCUGCAGGUGCAAAGGGAAUGCUUUUGAGCAAUCGACCACAACAAGGGAGAACGACUCUUGCUGAGCCUCAUGUUUUGUCUUGUGUAUCUAAGCCACAUAACGAAAGCGAUUACCACUCUUCUGCUAACAUUUCUGCCUAUGACAUCAUUUCAAUGGACUCUAAACUAAAAACAGGUACUACAAUAAGGUUUUCAGGAGCAAAAACAUUCUAUGGAAGAAAGCCAGCUCCAGUAAUGGCUUCAUUCUCAUCUCGAGGACCAAAUAAGAUUCAGCCAUCAAUACUCAAGCCUGAUGUAACUGCACCAGGUGUGAACAUACUUGCUGCCUAUUCACUAUUCGCAAGUGCGUCGAACUUACUAACAGACAAUCGCCGAGGAGAUCCAUUCAAUGUACUACAAGGAACCUCUAUGUCUUGCCCUCAUGUGGCUGGAAUUGCAGGACUUAUCAAAACACUUCAUCCAAAUUGGAGUCCAGCAGCUAUUAAAUCAGCUAUCAUGACCACAGCAACCACACGAGAUAACACGAACAAGCCAAUUCAGGAUGCGUUUAACAAAAAACUGGCAACUCCAUUUGCUUAUGGUUCAGGGCAUGUACAACCUGACCCUGCAAUAGAUCCUGGACUAGUUUAUGAUCUAGGAAUUAAGGAUUACUUGAACUUCCUAUGUGCUUAUGGAUACAACCAGCAGCUCAUUUCCGCACUUAAUUUCAACGGUACAUUUACAUGUUCCGGAUCUCACAGUAUAUCAGACUUGAACUACCCUUCAAUCACAUUACCAAAUCUUGGUUUAAAUGCCGUUAACGUCACUCGCACAGUCACCAAUGUUGGAUCACCAAGUACAUAUUCUGCCAAAGUCCAUUUGCCUGGAUAUAAAGUUGCUGUCGUACCGAACUCCUUGACUUUCAAGAAAAUUGGUGAAAAGAAAACAUUCCAAGUUAUUGUGCAGGCAACAAAUGUGACUCCAAAGGGGAAAUACCAAUUUGGGGAUUUGCAAUGGACAGAUGGAAAACACAUUGUAAGGAGUCCUAUCACAGUUAAGCGCAGAUAA